GCCGAGCCCGCCCACUCCGGCGAGAGUCGCGCCGGACGCUGUGCCCGCCGCGGUCAACGGCGCGGGAGGACGACCGCUUUGCCAGAAAAAUUCACUUAUGUACAUGCACAUAAUAUUGCAUACUUCAGAGGCGGCUUCUAGGACCUACUGAAGUUUAUCCUCUAGCAGUCCAUGGACUCCAUGGACUCCAACGGAAGAAUGCAGACAAUCAAAUGCGUGGUUGUAGGAGAUGGGGCUGUAGGUAAGACCUGCCUCCUCAUCAGUUACACAACGAAUGCCUUUCCUGAGGAGUAUAUCCCCACUGUCUUUGACAACUAUAGUGCCCAGACAUCUGUGGAUGGCCAAAUCGUCAGCCUGAACCUGUGGGACACAGCUGGCCAAGAGGAGUAUGACCGACUGCGAACGCUGUCCUACCCCCAGACCAAUAUCUUUGUCAUUUGUUUUUCCAUUGGCAACCCAUCCUCGUAUGCCAAUGUGAGGCAUAAGUGGCACCCCGAGGUCUCCCAUCAUUGUCCCAAUGUGCCUGUCCUGCUGGUAGGUACCAAGAGAGACCUGCGGAAUGACGCUGAGACAGUGAAGAAGCUGAAGGAACAGAGCCUAGUGCCCACAACUCCUCAGCAAGGCACUUCCCUGGCUAAGCAGUUUGAGAGAUGCUGGGUUAAGAGGAACUAGAAAAUCCCAAAGAGGCUGUGGUGGAAAAAAAAAAGCAUAAUGUGGUCCUGUUCUUUUUGAUGUUUCCCUCUUUAUGCCUUUGAGGGGAAUGUUUAUCAGCCACGGACUUGUUACUGGUUCCUCUUCUGCCCUCAGGAGAUGAGUUUGGCACUUCGUCACGGUAGCACGUUGGAUGUGGGGUCCGAUGGUCAGAUCUGCUAUCAGAUUAUGAUAGCACUAUGGGCCUGGUGUUGUGGAAUUAAUCCCCCAUAAAGCUAUGUCCCUGAGGCCUCUGUGAGGCCCUUUUUUUCUGUCAGCUUCUGCUUCAGGGAAAGACCACUGAAGGUUAACCCCACAAACCAACCAACCACCCAACCAAAGUGUUCUGCCAGUCAUUAUCAGGGAGUUGUGUGAUUCUUCUCAGUGUCCUACCUUGCUGUCUUCCUAUUCCUCCCUCCUCUGUACAUUGUGUGUGUGUGUGUGUGUGUGUGUGUGUAUUUUCAGUCUUGGUUGCCUUUUGAUGUCUUUUAGUUGCUCGAAGAAAGUUGGAGUAUGUUGGAUCUCCAGACUCCGGGGCUGUCACAUUUGUGGGGAUUUUGCUGGGGGAUUUCAGCCUGCCCUGCGGCGGUAGGAGUCAGAUUCCUUACCCCAGUAAGCCUGCUUCUCCUUAUUCUCCCUAGUUGUAUUUUUGACCUUCUUCAUUUGAUAUGGAAGGAAAACUUACUUCUCCACCUGGCAGAUAAUAGUUGACAACUCCACUGUGCACAUAUUCUCUUACCCUGCCAAAAUAAGCAUUGGAUCUUUGAGAGUUUGGGAAAUGGAGUUAAAAGAAUCACAUAGCUCCUUCUGUGGUGAAUGAAGGGUCUGUGCUUUGCUCUGGGAUGGUCCUGCUGUUGCUCUUUGACAUUAUAUGAUCAGAUUAGUCCUCAGGUUAACUGAGCCUCCUGGAUAGGGUUGCCAGAUAAAAGAGAGUAGUUUUGUUUUUGUUUUUUUUACAAAUAAUUUUUUAGUGUAAGUAUGUACCAUGCAAUAUUUGGGACAUAGAGUCAAAAAAUUAUUUGCUGUUUAUCUGAAAUUCGAAUUUAAUGCGGCAUCCUAUAUUUUUGUUUGCUAAAUCUGGCACCCCUAUUCUUGGAGAAGCGGAAGCUGGAGGUUGAGCAGAUACCAAGUGUUGUUAGAAAGUGAAAGGUUACAUAAGCUCACUAUUCUUCCUCCUUUCCUUCUGGUUUUCCUUUCCCUCACCAUGGACUAAAGUGUUCUGUUUUGCUUUUCCUUUAUCCCUGUACUCUCCUCUUCAUACAGUAAUUCAUUGGUGUAUAUUUCUACACCAUUGUCUAAAGCUGUGGAGGAUCCAGGAUGGAUAGUAUUGUCUAGUAGAUGUCUUCUAUCUCAGUUUCAAUGUGCUGUAUCUAUUUCUGGCAUGUGACCCAGGGCCUCCUGUUUGGAGGGGGGGUUGUAGGGGCUCUGUGUGAACAGGGUGUUAACUGGAAGAGGGUGAGGGUGGCCCUCCUUAACUAAGGCCCAGUAGCACUUUGGAAAGUGGGGGUCUAUUAUUGUAGUGUGGGGACUGUAGGAGUCAACUGGCCUGUGGGCACAUGUGCCAACUGCUCUGUGUAGUCACUGAGUUUUUCCCACGGGUGGCCAAAUGAAGCACCUGUUGCUCGAGUGUAUUCUGGUCUCAGGAUGCUCGGAUUGAUGCUGCCUGAGGUGCUUACAGGACUUCAUGGUUGAAAGGGGCUAGAAACACGGCUGUCACCUGUGUCUCUGGGAACUUUCCAUUUAGCUACUGAAAUCUUUUAAAUUGGCUUUUAAUUUAAUAGCACCUCCUGCUCCUGCUUUGCCUGGGAAAAUCUCGGAUGUAAGCCUGGGCUUGGUCUGGUCAGACUCGCGUCCUCUAACGAGUGGAGGUGUGAUCCCCAAGUCUGAGAGUAUGAUUUUGUAUUGGACUCAUUUGAUGGUCCUGAACAGACACUGACAUCUUGAUUUUUAUACUUAAAAGGAAUUUGUAUGAUGACUAACAUGCUAGUACCACUUUUAAAUUGUUCAAUAAACUUUUCUGAUUUUA